AUGGAUACUAUUGUCUCGGAUGCGCAGCAGAUCUUGGUCAACGGGUUCACCAUUCUGGCGGGAAACAGUGUCUUGAUAUACGACCAUAUGACGACCCUACCAGAAGAAAUCGCUUUUAUUUGGCGUCGUCCGAAAGCGCUGUCUGCAAUGUUAUUUCUGCUCAAUCGCUAUUUCGCUCUGAUUGUCAAUAUCUGCGCUUUAAUUAUGAAUUUCGUGUCGAUCUCAGAUGAGAGCUGUUCAAAAUAUACGCUAUACAGACAACUGGCCAUUUUUUCCCAAGUGAUCAUGGUUUGCUUCAUAAUGACUAUUCGUACUUACGCUCUCUACGGUGGUAAUAAGCGCCUGCUUACUUGCAUGAUAAUCAUCAUGAUUGCUCUUGGGGUAGCAGUUUCUGUGUGGUCUUUUGGGCAUUUUUCAGGCAGUGCGGUCAUCUUGUCAGGAGCUGGCUGCUAUGAAAUAACUUCAGCGGACACAGCCGCCCAUGUUGGGCUGGCAUGGGUGGCCGAGUUGGUCUUCCAAUUACUGAUCCUCAUCCUUACAGUGUACAGGAUUUGCAAAAGUAGAGGCUUGCUGCGGUUGUCUCUAUUCACCAGGAAAAAUAUGAUUGAUGUCAUAUUUCAUGAUGGUUGCUAUUGGGAUUGUGAUUCGAGUGAAUCUGAUCUGCAUGCCUUCAGAGCGAUGGUGUUGAUUAGUGUACCGAACAUUCUGACGUACUACUCUGGUUCAGUUGUUACCAGAGGCAGUCUGACCACGCUUACUAGCUGCAUAUCCGUUACUCUCAUCUCUCGGCUGAUGCUUAACCUGCACAAGACUAUUGACACUGGCAUUUUCUCCAUCCCCGCCCAGGACGACAACUCCAGCCUCCCUGUCAUCACCACUAGGCUGUUAUCGCUUCAACAGUUGCUUGGGCCAAACUCAAGCAUCGUAUUCAAGACCAACACUGCAGCACUUUCCGAGUCAGGGGUGGCAUCAGUUACCACUGGUAUCCGGGUUAAUGCGUGCAAUAAGCAGACAUGGUUGUGGCGAUCGCCGGGCGAUGAUUGGGAUGCAUGCUGGACAUACUGGGCAUCAUUAAUCAUGACUCCUCACAGCAGUUGCGUCUAG